UGUUAUGGUGGAAAAAUCUCAGUCCUAGUUUCUAUGGUUUUACCCAGCCGAGCUGCCAGAAACGAAAAGAUGCAUCUUUGAAGUUUGGAGAAUGGAAUUUGGAUAUAUAAAAAGAUGACAUUAUUUCUAAUAUAUUAUACAGAACAUCCAUAAUCCAUUGGGAUUAGAUAUGAUGUACUAUAUAUAAUAAUGGUGAUGUUUUUGUAAUAAUACUAAGGGAAUUUGGAAAAAAUAUACUAAUUCUACCUAAUUUCUAGCUUCGACUACAUCAACAUUUUGUUUUUUCAAGUUAGCCUUAUGAGAAACUUCUGUACAUAGCUCCUUAAAACAUCUACCUUAUUGGCAUUCUUGGUAAAAAAAGUUAAAUUUUUGCAUGAAGAGUACAUAAAUCAAACGAAUAGUAUUUAUUUUUGAAACUUUGUUAAGGCCCAUUUACACUGCGAUUUCUCGUAUACUAUUUGUGCCCUGGCGUAUGUGAACAUAUGAACACACGUACAAACGUGACACUCCAAACCCUUCCUGAGCAAACUUGAGUGAAGAUUGUGGCAAAGGCCCUCUUUUGCAUUCGUCAGAACGAUAAUUGCAUGCAACUUAAAUCGUGUACUCAUGUAGUGUAGUUUAAACAGGCCUUUACAGAUCACUCCACAGGUGAGGCCAUGUGAUUUGGCUCUAUUAACCGUGGCUCUGCUGUAUAGCAUGUUUAUAAGUACAUGCUAUAUGGUGAUGAUGUACAUCAAAUAUAAGUUAUAUUACAUUGGGCAACAAUAUAAUAGGUAAUAUAAUACAGUACCGCACUGCUUCAAAAUAUGAAACCUAAUACCCCAAAGAAAAUAUUGUCUUACAUAAUAGAAUAAAUCUGGUAAGAUUUCCAAAACAUUGAUUGACCUUCACAUUUUGACAAAAUAAAGAAAAAAAAAUAUUUUUUAGCUAUUUGAUUGCUAUUUUUUUCAAAAACUAUCUUGAGAUCAAAACCUCAUAAAAUAUUAAUUUGAAGAAUGAUGAGGCCAAUUUUGAUUGGCAGAAACCAUGGUAAACACAGUAUGAUAUGAGAAGUGUAGACAUGCCGAUUUUAGCUAAACUCCGAAACGUAUCAAGCUACAGUCGUAUUGUGCGAUACGCUAAUUCCUUUCAUUCCUCGCGUAGAUAUCUGACAAGAGAUGGAAACUGUGUAGUUUUAAGGAAAAAGGCGUUCUGUCAAAGUUUUAGGACUUUACAGCAGACUUUUGACCGCAAUUUGCCAGUAUUCAUCGGGGGAAACCGCAAUUAUGGCCGUCUUGCGAGAGUACAUGUAAACAAAACGAGGAAUAUGAGUUCUGAACACGGAGAAUCGGAGUUUAAUUCCUCUCAAAAAGAGAACGACGAUUUAUCGUUGCCCUUUUGGAUAUUUUUAUGGUCCUUUUUGGCUAUAUUUGCUGGGUUUAUAUACUCAAAGUUAAACAGGCAAAGAGAUGACGAUUCCGAACAGAAAUCUGAGGUCCAAUUCACUACAAACGACGAACAAAUUGCAAGAAAAUUGGUUAAUGAAAUAUCAAAAAAAGAUUCGGGAAGGACACCGUUUAAAAGGCAAAGAAGUUAUGAAAUUAUUGACGGAGAAGUUCGUAUUCAUUAUGAUGUAACUAUGCUGGAGGAUUCGCUGCACAAAAGAGCAAAUACUGAAAGGAUUUUAGAAUUAUCUGAGGUGGAAAGUAUUCCAAUUCCUAGCACAAGUUUAGAAGAUUUAGAAUUUGUAUACCCAGGGAGUUUACCACGGAUUGUUGAAGAAGGAGAGGAAGAACUGUUGGGAAAUGAAAACGAAGAGAAAACUCCUUUAAAAGACGGACGUGUUUAUCUAAACGAAGGAAAACCAGAAGUAAACCAACUUUCACAAGAAACAAAAAAUAAGAAAACCCAAAUAAAUACUGCCAAAGUAUCAAACCAGGUAAACUCUGAUCAAAUUGCAGACAAAUUCGAAGCCAAUGGAUUACAUUUGGAGAGGGGAAUGGAUGAUUUUAUUGCUUCAACUUUUGAAACAGUAACACAGGAAACGUUUAUAAUCCCUGCUGAGUCAAUAAAAGACGCAAAUAAAAUCCCAAUCAUCUUGCAAAAGGACAAUGAUACUGAGUUCAUCAAAAAAGACAAAGACAUAGGAUUAGAAAACGAAAUGACUGUGGAUGAACAUUCAAGUAGCAGUGAUGAAUUACGAUCGACAUCGGGAGGUAGUGUAAUAAUAAAGUCGUCUGGUCCCACAAGGAGUACAAAUUCCUUAAAUAACUUAAGUACUUCUGUUUACAAAAUGACUGAGGUACAAAAGACCCCAGAACAUAAAUAUACUGUAACUAGACGCGAGGUGACAAAACUAAAAAGCAGUAAGGAAUGUUUGGGGGAGUCUGACUCUUUAAAUGUUGAAACAAGCUUUUCCUUUGUGGAGGCAGAAGGUAUCCAAGAGACAGCUGUCAAUGAUGGUCUCAUUAAUGGUGAACAAAAGAGCUUGGAAAAUGAUUCCUCAAUGUCACAUCCUGAUAUACAAGUCACCACUGAAUCUCAGUUUAAUUCAGAUAAAAAUGUUAAGGAAGAUUUGGGAGGAAUAAGAGAUAGCAUCAAUGAAGGAAGGGAUAUUUUAGUUGAUAAUUCUGGUGAUAAUUUGUUUAAAGUUACUGGAGCAAGUGAUGGAAAGUGCUUAGGGGACGUAGCAGAAUAUAAUGGAUUUGUCUAUAAAGAGAAAAACAAUGACAAUUUGGAUGAAAAUGAGAAUUAUGGGAUUUAUAGUGUUAAAAAUGACCUUACAGACAGGUCGAGAUCUUUUCCAUCAUAUGAAAGUGUGCAUGGUAGUACGCAUUCUAAGUUAGAAAGCACCAAAAUUGGUAAUUGUGAUGACAAAAAGAGAACUGGGCUUGAGAAUGAUAAAACGCUAAACAAUGUUAGGAUUGAUAACUCGUCAAAGCUUGAAAACAACAAGUUGGAACAAGUUUUUAACCAGUCAUCAGACAAUGUAUUACAUGCAGAAGAUGUAACAGUAGAUUUAAAAUACUCACAGAAAAACUCUGCUGCAAAUGCACCAUCCCCAAACCAAAAUGAUAACUUCAGUGAGGCUAGUUUACCUAUGGUGGAUAACAGAAUUGGAUCAAGAAAAACAAUAUUUGUAAAAGACAAUCAAAAUAUUGAACAUGAACAAGAAGAAGCCAUAAUGGAGACUAGUUUUGAUGAUUCAAGAAAAGCUAUUCCUAAAGCUGGUUUUGAAGAAGCUGCUAUGUUUGCUGGGAUGCAAAAUGAAAAUAACAGACCAGAGUCAUUGGAAAGUGAAAUCUCUGGUGAGAUUGUAAUCCUUGAAGCUUAUGAAAUGAAUGAAGUUGACGAGGAUUGUUCUGCAUCUCGCGAAGAUGAUGAUCAAUCUGAGAACGCUGAUGUGUUUGCAAGAGCAGAUCUUCUUGAAGAGGAUGUCUUGGUUGCUAAAAUAGUUACAAUGCAAAUACCUGAUGCAGAGGACGUUGCUAAAAUAGUUACAAUGCAAAUACAUGGUGCAGAAGACGUUGACGUAUCAAGUUCGUCGUGUCAGAGUGUAGUUGACUCAUGUGAAGAAACUGUCAUGAGUAACUUCCAGGGAGUAUUCAAACAAGUGUUGUCUCAGACUGACUUUACAGAACAAAAUAAACCAACUUUUACCAACAGUGAUUUGACAGAAGAAAUUCCUGCAAAAGCCAGUUUGCAGGAAGAAAAUGUGUUGCUUGCAAAAGUUAUCACGUUUGAAGAGCCUGGCUCGGAUAUUCAUUUGGCAAGUUCAGACAUGGAAAAUUGCGAGACCAUCUCUCCAGCUGAUAUACAAACCUCUUCAGAACCAAAAUUUACAGUUUCUACGAAAAUUGAUGCAACAACCACUCAAAAUAUUUUUGUAAAUACGGACGUAAUCGAACCUGAAACCAUAAUCACUUCAACGUCGACAAAAAUGUCACACACAGAAGUGACAUCUACGACAGUAAUUUCAGUGGUAAAGAAAUCUGAAGUGGAUGAGAAUCUUGGUCAUAAUUUACAAACAGAAAAUAACCAUAGUGAUUUGAACUGUGACAUACAUGAUGAAGCAACAAUAUGGAAACAAACUAAUGAUGGUGAAGUUGAAAAUCAGUUGGGAGAAAGUUCUCUAGGACGCAAGCUUGACAAAGACUUUGUUCAAAGUUUUGAGGCAAAUGACGAGCACACCUCUGAACAAACAUUAAUAACCUCUGCUGCAGAAAAUAAAGAAAUUAUUGCAUCCGAUAUUAACGGUAUUAACGAUGAUCGCCCGUUCUCCAGUGAGGCUCAUCUGUCGAUCGUUGAUAAAGAUCAACAAGUUGCAACAUUUUAUAACCCUGACGUUGAAUCAAUCCAGGAUUUGCCAACAAACGCUAGUUCAAUAGAAUGUGUAAAAGAAAUUAAUAAAAUUAGUGAAAUUGAUCCACAUUCAAACAAUUUCUCCAGUUCGAAAGAUCAGGUAAAUUAUUCCGAGAACAGCGUCGAAACGAAUCAUUUCCUAGAAUCAAUUGAAGAAAAUUAUGAUAAUCAUAUCACCGAGCUUGAACCAAGUCCAAGUCACAGUUUAGACGAAGAGAAGAAAUUAGACGAUACUGCAGAACUAAUCUGUGCAAUAACUGUAGAUGAUGAUGUAAUCAUGCCUAAAGAAUUGACUGAAGUAAGCAAAACUGAUGAGAACGUUAUUUAUGCAAAUCAAAUAUGCGAGACUGAGGAGUUUGCAGACACAUUGAUCGCUGAAAACUAUUCCAAUCAGGCGAGCGACGGUCCUAGGAAUACGUCAAGAAAAGACAGUCGAGGAAGUCGUGUUACCACAGUGGUUUAUGCCAGUCAAGUAUGUGAAUCUGAAAAGAACGAGGAGUUGCAAUGUGAAGCAGAAGAUCAAUCUACGGACAGCGAAUUAACAAAAGUCGGCAAAAAUGAAGCCAGAACUACGGUGACUUACUCAAAUCAUUUGAAUGAAACUCAAGAAAUUGUAGAGAAUAUUUCUCCCAGUAAGGAAACGGAACAUAACCAAAACACAAAUAUGGAUUCCUCUGUCUCACCACAUCUCAAUAACGAAGAAAGAAAUUUUCUGGAGACGAGUUUAGAUAGUCCAUCUUCACCGUCCAGUCCAGUGGAAACCUUCAGUCCUCGUGAACAACAAGAUGAUGUAGUUAAUUUUGAUAAUAAACACGGAAUUCCUGAUUCUGCUCUAGAUAAAGUAUCCUCUGAUGUCCAGGAAGUAGAGUUACUUUUAUUAUCUAGCAAUGAACCAAAUAAAGCUUCAUCUGAAUUAAGAACAUUUGUUCCUCGCAGCGAGACUGAUGUUGACUAUUUCAGUGACAUUGAUGAAAUUGAUAUUGAUGUCCUUCCCGAAGAAAAAUGCCAAAAAUCGAAGUCUGUAACAGACCUUGAUGAGGCAUUAGCUUCUUUUAAAGGUUUGGAUUAUCUUCCCAAUGAAAACGACAACAUAAAUGGCGGUCUAUCCAAGUCUGUCCCUGAUAUCAUAGAUAGCUGUCGAGAGGAAAGCCUUAAAAAAGAAGGUUUAGGAGAAAAGUUUCAGAAGAAAACCCUAUCUCUCUCAACUCCAGAAAUAGGUUCUCCUCAAUCAGGUUCCAAGAAAGUUACCAAGAUAAAGAUUGUUCAUGUGAAAUUCCUAGAAAUGCAGGACGAGGGCGAGAGUGUCGAGGAAGAUUCUUUUAUUUAUGAAGGAGAGUUGCCAAUUACAGGAAAAAUGAAACGAAGAAGUAAAAACUUAUCUGACGAGAUGAGAAGUCCUGUAUCAAGUCCACCUCCUGGUGUUAGCAAUGAAAUAGCACAAGAACGAUGGAUUGCGGAAAAGACGAGCCUCAAGCAGUUAGAAUUUGAAUUUGGAGAUUUAUUUCAAAGCUCGUCACCACCACCAGUGUUAGGAGCGAAUGAGUCAUCCACGGACGGACACAAUCAAGCUCUAAAUAAUGAGAAAAUAAUUGAUAUUCCAAAAUUCCCGAAUUAUUCAAUUGUUCGUGAUUUUCAUGAGGGAAAAUCGUCUUCGGAAACAGAUGUUCGAGCCUCUGACACAAGUGAUAAUCGUCGAUCUUUAUUGGCUGAGACAAACAAUACAACGUUUAGGACAAAUACAACUACUGAUAGUUCGAAGUUUGAAACCAAUGAUCAACGUGUCCCAACGAAACAAACCGCUUCCCCCACAAUAAGGAAUUAUGAAACAUCUAACGCGGCCUCUUAUUGUAACAUCAGUACGGACAAACCUUUAGACAUGGAAAAAGCAAGUAAAGAAAUCAUUUCUGCACGGCUGGUUGUCACAGAGUCGGCAACUAAAACAACUAAUGAAACAGCACGCUCAUAUCAGUCAAGUACAAACACGAGCCUCGAGACAAAAAUAAGACAUAAAACCACUACCCAGGGUAGUUCAUCCAUUACUGAGAGUGAAAGACCCAAGAAAAUCUCGAGAACAACUGACUCAGGUAGUGGACCUAGAUCAACGGUUGAAUGUAAAAGUUUUGAGGACAUGCGAUUACCAAUAUCGUCUCGUAGUACAACCCAACCAUCAACAGAUUCUAUUGCAUAUAGAUAUAUUCCAGGAAAUACAAAUUCCUAUAGCAAAGCACCAAAACCUGUCCCAGAACAUGCAAAAUACGUGGUAAAAUCAGGAAUGAUUGCGGCACAAUCUCCUGUUAAACAAACUAACACAGGAAAUAUUUCAAACCAAGCACGGUACGGCGAGCGUUCAUCAAAACAUGUAGCCAAAUAUACAGAAAACACGAAAUCAUCUCGAAGCACCCAAGUUCGUUAUACUGGUAGUCCGCAAUCAUCAAGUCCCAUGGACAGUCCUCGGCAUGGACUGAAACUUUCAGAAAAGUUCCGUAUAUCGGAGGAGAACGAUUUGGAACGUAAAUCUGCAGCGGUUCCCGGCAUUGACGGUUCGACGUUGGCUGGCUGCAAAACUGAUACCAACCAACGAACUGAUGGCCCGAAAAACAAAAAAUUGAACCAUCGUGGGUCGUAUACCAAAGCAACGUCACAGCAUGGUGGUGGUAGACUGGUUACUGUUAAAGGUGGCAUUAUUAGUGACUAUGAAUGUAGCAGUGACGCUGACUCUGAAAUGUCUUACAAUGUUCCUUCGCCUCGUGUCAAAGCGAAAAGAUUCCAUCGUCCACAAGUACAACGUGUCGACUCAGCAUCAUCUUCGGAACCCGAUAGCCCACGAAUAGGAGCGAUGAAGGAGGAAAGACGAAGUAUGAGCGAGUUGUUUGGAGUUGAUGAAGCAACUUAUUCAAGUGAUGUCAGCAAGGAUGGAAAAGAUGAAAAUUUGUUGUCAGGAUUUGGGAAGAAAAGCGAUGAAAGAAAAACGAGUCAAACAAAUCAGACUUCAUCAAAUGUUUACCAAGCGAAAGGUACCAUAUUUGACCAAAGGCAACAAGGUUUUAGAAACUUCAACGUAGCUUACGACACGAGAGUUGUCCCGCAUCACCAACAUUACACGAAUAAUUUAGAGCGAAAUCUUAGUCCGACAAGCUUUCUACAAGAAGGCAACCUUGAUGACCAAACAUCUCCAAAAACAAUUGAAUUCAAUCCAUUUGAAGAUCUGGAAGGCCGAGAUAUUUUACAACCCUUUGAACGCUGCCAUUCACCAAGCAGUGUUUAUAGUGAUACAUCGUCUGUGUUUUCCUUCAACUGUGAUUUUGAUCCCAUGCCACCUCCGGCGGGAAAAUUCGAACCCGAAGUGUACACGUGUGAAAAUCCCAUGUGUCGAAAACAGGAUAUUCUUCUAGGACCAGAGAAAACCAGUUUCAAAUCAUGUCCUGCCUGUUUUACGUAUUAUUGCUCCAGCGAAUGCAGAAAACUUCAUUGGCCAUCUCAUAAACAGAGCUGCUAUUUUGGACGUGUUAAUACCUAUGUACGAAGUAUUAUUCGUUUAUGCCAACGACGUGAAGAUUUGAGCAUGUAUUUAUCCCAGCUUGCGCGAGAUGGCUACAAGAAAAAAGGUCGAGGUGUUGUUAUGGCGAUAUUUAACAGUCCGGAGUUAGCAAGAGAAUUUAUAACUAAAGGCCAUGAUGCGUUUUCGGGUCGUAAACCAACAUAUAGUUCGCUCGCAGAGUUAAACCGAGAAGGGAUAAUCUCAAAACAUCGUGUCGCUCUUAUGCAAGCUGUUCGAGAUUACGAGCCGAAUGAAGAGUUUGUGUUUAAUAUUGCUGUCGUGGCUACCAACAGCAUUCCUGUUGCCCCAGCUCCACGAUACAAGCUAAACACUGUUCUACAUUGUAUCAAAAUGCCAUUGAAUGAUCUCAUUGUCGCAAGACAACCCAAGGAUUAUGAAAAGGUCGAGACACGGCUAUUCGCCCUACCGAAGUGUUCAAGACAUGAAUUCGUAAACGAAAUGGAAGCAAGGCGUCACUAUUGUCGUAAUCUGUCGAAAAAUCUUCGCCAGUAUAACAUUAAAUUGAAAGAAGAUUACCCAGAAUGCUACAAGAAAUUAUGUAUGUAUGUUGAACAUAACAUUUCAUUUGAGCCCAUGACGGUUUACGGACAGCGGAGUGGGCUUGGGUACAAGUGUGUGAUAGCUCCUGAACAAAGCUACCCUCUUAAUGCUGAGUACUGUUAAGACAGUUUUGGAGAACUUUAAUAACUACGGUUAAAUUGUACAGCGUUACCAGUCCCAUUUAGUAGAUGACUAGCGACAUUCAAAUGGCAAAGACAUUCAGUGCCGGUCAGUGAGUAAUUGUGAAACUUUGUCGACGACAAAUACGCAAAGUUUCACAAUUAUUAAUUGACAAAUUGUCGUCAUAUUAGGACAUUUCUAUCUGUGCAUAUUCAGACAUUUUAGAGUUUACGCUUUUUAAUAUAUCACACUGCAUCUGUAUGUAUUUACACGGAUAAUAUCAAUCCUAAAAUGCAAGACGAAUUUGUAAAUUUAUUACGCACUAACUAAAUCAAAUCUAUUUCAGUAUUUGUAUCUGUCAAUCUUUUUGUCAAUUCUGAUAGUAAAUAUAACGCCCAUAAACUUGAUAUUAGAUCGUUCGGUCGCCGCAGUCUCAUAUACCAAGGAGCAAAA